AUGAGCGGCGUUCUACGUCCUACGAUGGCGCCAAAGCUCGAUGUUGGCUUUGUUGAUGAUCCAAGGGUAACUAAGCGCUCUAGAUGCCAGUGGUCUCAGAUCCUGGUGCCGGGAGAGCUGAAGAACGACCCGAAAUAUGAUGGUACGCCAGGGAUCAUUGGACGAUCACGCUGUGCUGCCGGAAGAGCUACAACUUGCUGGAAGGCACACUGUGAGACGGACGAGUCUAGAAGGCCCUUAGUUGUCAAGGACUCAUGGCAGUACCCAGAGCGCGCUGAGGAAGGGGAGCUAUUGCAAGAAGCGGUGGCUCGAGAGGUGAGGAAUGUUGCAAGAUACUAUCACCACGAGACCGUUCGUGUCGACAACGUGGAUGAUGAUGUCGUGCCUAUCCAAAGAGGCCUCGAUAUUCCAACCGUGAAAAAGGGGAAGAAGGGGCUGGCUGGCUGUAUUGAAGGAUACAUGUCGCUCCAUGACAAAGCAGGCCUUAUCCAAUGCGAUAUCUCCCUGCGGAACCUGAUGGUGAAUGAAGACCAGGACAACAACCCUUCCUGGCCCGCCUUUCUAAUCGAUCUUGGCCUCGCAAUAAAAGUGCAACGGGACGGCUCGUCCGGCGCACGGGGCAAGACAGGCACGAGGGCGUUCAUGUCUAUCGGCGUCUUAUACGGCGAAAAGCACUGUUAUAUGCACAAUCUAGAGUCCUUCUUCUGGGUCUUAUUCUGGAACUGUGUUCAUUAUGACGGCCGAGAAAUGAAAAGACCGUCGACGAGUUCUACGGAGCUAGCGAAUGUGAAGAAAGGGUUAAUAAGUGAUGAGGAGGACAUUCUUCGAACUGCAGCGGAUAACUUCACUCCGUACUACGAGUCCUUGGCUCCUUGCGUCAACCGGCUACGGCGUCUCGUCUUUCCAGAUGGCCAGCGGUGGAAGAAGCUAAAUCCCAAACUACCCCAGAACACGAUUGAAAUACUUUGA